CUGGUUGCUGGAUGCUAUUUUUAUACUAUAAAAUUAUGUCAAUAUUGUCCGCUCCAUUUGAACGUUGCGUCAUUCUGCUCCAACGCUACAGGCUUCAGCUGUGGAUAAGUACUGAUUUUUUUUCCCCAAUAAUUCAGGCCCAAGAGUCUCUCAGCUAGCACAUAAAACUCUCUCAAUAGCCAUAUGGCAGGCACCUCACUACUUGCAGCAGCAUGCAAAAGGCUAGAAGGAAAGGUAGCAUUGAUCACAGGAGGAGCUAGUGGAAUUGGAGAAUGCACAGCCAAACUCUUCUCAAAUCAUGGUGCUAAAGUUGUCAUUGCUGAUAUUCAAAAUAAACUAGGACAAUCAUUGAGCCAGAAAUUAGGUUCAUCAGAUUGUACAUACGUCCAGUGUGAUGUAACCAACGAAGAUCUUAUCAGAGAUGCUGUUGAUAAAACCAUCCAAUCCUACGGAAAAUUGGACAUUAUGUUCAACAAUGCAGGGAUUGUUGAUGAUCCAAGCUACCCCUCGAUCCUUGAUACUGAAAAAGCCAAAUUUGAACGGAUAAUGGGAGUAAAUGUAACAGGGGUUUUUCUUGGGAUGAAACACGCAGCUCGGGUGAUGAUUCCAGCUCGAAGUGGAUGCAUAAUUUCGACCGCCAGCAUAGCAUCGGGAAUCGGCGGAUCUGCACCGCACGCUUACACUUGUUCCAAGCAUGCGGUUGUAGGCCUGACCAGAAAUUUGGCUGUGGAACUUGGGAAAUAUGGUAUCAGGGUCAAUUGCUUGUCACCUUAUACUGUUGAAACCCCACUUUCUACGAGCUUUGUUGGGCUUACUGGAGCCGAGUUUGAGCAUUCCGUAGGUUUAAAGUCCAACCUUAAAGGCAUUACUCUGAGGGCUGAUGAUGUUGCUAAAGCAGCCCUUUACUUAGCAAGUGAUGAUGGUCAAUGUGUAAGUGGACAAAACCUGUUCAUUGAUGGUGGCCAAACCAUAUUCAACUCUGCUUGUAAUAUGUUUUCAUAAUGAAGAACCUUGUGAUUGAUAACAUAAUAUGACUAUUAGCAUUUCUAUGUUUUAUGAAUACAACACUUUAUCUGUGAAUUCUACACUUGGCUUCUUGUAUAGCUGGAAAGGAGAAGCGAUACUAACAAAUGUUUAUUAGUAGGCCGAAUAAGUGUACACACAAAUUGAAUAAAAAUACGUCAAAAUUCAAAUUGUACAUGUAUUUAGUAGCCGCCAGGUGUGACUAUUCAUUUGGAUUGAAGAACUGAGCCCAGGCAUUCACCAUUGAAGGAUUGACAACAGUGAAACCUCCAUCUACAACAAGGUUGAGACCGCUAACAUAACCGGCUUCGUCACUGGCCAGAUACAGAGCAGCCUGAGCAACAUCUUCCGGUGUCAAUGUUUUGCCUUUCAGAUUAGCCACCCCAUUCACAAACGCAUUUGAUCGCUCAAUUUCCUCUUGUGUGGAAUUCCCUCCACAGAUGGGGGUUGCCACGGCGAAAGGCGAAACAGAGUUCACCCGAAUUCCGUACUGCCCGAGCUCGGCCGACAAGUUCUUCGCCAGGCCGGCAAUUCCGUGCUUGGUGAUCGAAUACGCGUGGCUCGAGAACCCGGCGAGGUUGACACACGCGCUGGCGGUGAACAGAAUGCAUCCAUUGCGGCGGGGAAUCAUGACUCUCGCAGCGUGCUUGGCUCCUAGGAAAGAGCCAACGACGUUAACGCUGAGGAGGCGUUCUAAAUCCGGCUUGGAAGUCUCCAGGAUGCCCGAAAAAAAGCCGUCAACGAUGCCGGCAUUGUUGUACAUUAUGUCCAAUUGCCCGAAUUUGGCCACCGCGGAAUCGACCAGGUUGAUAACUUCAUCUUCCUUCGAGACAUCGCAAUGGAUGUAGCAUCCAUUUUCGCCCAGCUUUGAGGCGAUUGCUUGGCCGAGAUCGUCUUGGAUGUCGGCUAUGACAACCUUAGCCCCGUUUUCAUAAAACAGGCGCACGGCGGCCGCUCCAAUUCCGCUGGCACCGCCAGUAAUGAUAGCCACUUUGCCAUCUAACCUGCAAUUUAAGAAUCGGAACAAAACGCGAUCUUGGUUAGUUACAGCUACAGUAGGCUAUUUUGGGCAACUUAAUUAGGACAAAAUCACUGAUGGAUGAUGGUUCACAAAAGUAUAACUGAUACAUGUAUCACGAUAUUGCUAACCUUUUGCUGAAUGAAGAGGCUGAAGGAUUAGUACUUGUCAUCUCUUUGGGGGUGUGUGCGUGUGUGAGCGCGCGCUCCGAACCGGAAUGAAUCGAACUCCUUGGGACCUAAAACAGAGUUUCUGUUAUUAGGAAAUAGAGGAAAGGAACGCUACAUCUUCUGUCUGGACCUAGAACAUAUAAAUAGAUGCCAAAAGCCCCCCAAGAACCAUCUGGUUGACAAAGGAGUAGUAGUUUGAAUGGUCAAAAGUGACGACUACUUUGAGAUUCCAUUUUUUCCCCUCUCUGGAUGUUGAUUGAAGAGGGUCUCAUUCUAAAAACAGGUAGAAGGUUAAUU